AUGGGAAAUACAGGUUCGGGAAAUCGAGAAGAACUAUUUGAAAAAUACGGGAAAAUAUUACCAUCAGGUGCAAAAAAUUGGUAUUAUUGGAAUUAUAUUAAUUAUUUAGAAGGUGAGCUUAAAAGAAAUAAUGCUCCGUGGAAUAAUCCAAAAUUUUUACAAAUUUUGCAAAAAGAAAAUGGAGAUGUUCCAGAUAAUGAUAAUGGUAAAUUUUGUAGAUGGAAGGAAAUACAAAAAGGUAUUUUAGAAGCGGUCAAAGAAAAUCAUAACUAUCAACAAUAUCAUUCUCCUUGGGAAAUACAUGCAGAAAAUAUAGUAAGAAAUUCUCUGCAUGCAAAAAAUAUAAUUGAUAAAACAUGUAAUAUAUAUAAUGAAAACAAUUUAAAGGAAAAGGAACAUUCUGAAACAUGUAAAUUUAAUACAGAACAUAAUCUUUGUUUACCUGAACGACGCAAUAAAUUAUAUGUAAAAGGAAUUGAAAGCAAUAUUAAAUCAAUAGAAACAUUAAUAAAGGUAAUGCCAACUUCAGAAGUAAUACCAGCAUCAUUUCUUGGAAUUAUGUCUAAUUCUCUUGGAAUUAAAGCAGAUACUGAAAUAAAACAUUUAAAAAGUCGUGGAAUAUCAGAGGAAACAAUUUGUAAAAUUAUGAAACGUAAUUUUGCAGAUUAUGAAGAUAUUUUCAAUGGAAAUGAUAUCGUUCCAUAUAAAUAUUCAAGGCAAAUACAAUGUAAAUUGGAAAACAUACGUACUCAUUUAAAAAAAAUUGUCAAUGACGAAAAAUAUAAUGGAUUAUGGAAUCGAAAUUUUAGGGAUCCAAUUUUAAAGAAAAUGAAAUCUUUACUAGAUGAAAAUGGUAAACCAUGUGAAGUAUUUAAUGCUUCUGAAACAGAACCUCAAUGUCUACGUUUUUUAGAGGAAUGGUUUGAGGACUUUUUAAAAAAAAAACAAAAUAUACAAAAUAAUAUAAUACAUAGAUGUGUUAAUAAACAUACAAAACUAAUACAAUUGCGUGAUGGAGGAAAACAUGAAAUGGCGUGUGAGGCUUAUUGUAAUGGAUAUAUAACAUUUUUAGAAAGCCAUAAGUUUUGUUAUGACAGAUAUCUUAGAAAAUGCAAAGAUAAUAUUAUGAAAUCAACAAAUAAUAAUGAGGAAAAUAAUGGGGAAUAUAUAGCAACGACUGAAAUUAAUACUAUGUUAAAAAAAAUAAAGAAAAAACUAAAAUGUCCUGAUUCGAUUUGCAAAUCAGGUCAUGAAGUAGAUUUAUUGCCAUAUUUUGUACCAAGUGAUGCUAAUUUUUCUCUGCAUAGAGGUUAUCAUUGCGGGUGUCAAAACAACAGUGGUAAGAACAAUUAUAAACGUUUUUUUAAUAAUGGUGGCCAUAAUACCAACCUAGAAACUAUCCUGAACGAACUGAGGGCAUGUACGAUGAAUGAUGAUGAUUUGGACGGCUCGGUAGGAGGUAACGGGGAAAAAGUGGUUACAAAGAGUGGUAGUGUGAAGAGUAUUUGUGGCGUCGAUUAUAAUGAUUCGUUUAUUAGAAAAUAUACAAGUAAUCCGUGCUGGAAUAACAAGAUCGAAGGAAAAGGAUGGAUAUGUGAUAGAGCACGUGGCGGCGGAGAACGACUUAUGUCUGAUUGGACUAAUAAGGCGUGUAUGCCUCCGCGAACACAAGUUUUAUGCUUAGGAUAUUUACACGCAGAUAACACUGGGAAAACAUACAAUUACAUUGAUUAUAUUGAUACUAGCCAAAAACUAUUGACUGAAAUGUUGGUUGCGGCUAAAUAUGAAGGAGAAAAUUUAAAAAAAUAUUUCGCAUCACGCCACAAACAGAAUGGUGGUGACAACCAUCUUUGUAAUGCUAUGAAAUAUAGUUUUUCCGAUCUAGGAGAUGUCGUUCGCGGACGAAGUAUAUGGGGAAAUAUAUACACGCAGUGGAUGGAAAACAAUUUAAAGGCUAUAUUCCACAAAAUAUAUGAUAAAUUGCCAAAUGAGAAAAAAAGUAUAUAUAAUGAUAGUACUAAGAAUUAUUAUUAUUUGCGCGAAACGUGGUGGAAUACUAAUAGAGAAUAUAUAUGGAAAGCGUUAAGUUGUGGUGCAAAAAUAAUUGAUGAUGGUUGUGAUGGUGCUGUGGCCCCAAAUAUCGACUAUAUGCCUCAAUUUUUACGGUGGCUAACCGAAUGGAGCGGUCAUUUUUGUGAGGGUAAAGAUGCAUAUGACAAACCAUAUCCUAAUCCAACGAGUGAAAAUGAGGACAAAAAUAUCGAAUCUAUGUGCAAAGGUUGUAAUGCACAGAGAGGUGGAGAUUGUUUAAAUAGUUAUCCUAUGUCAGGUCAUAUAUCUUCAAAUGACUCAUGUUCAAAAUGUGCUAUCAUAUGCAAACAAUAUAAAGAUUGGAUUAUCGAUCAGGAAGGAAAAUAUAAUAAGCAAAAGGAAAAAUAUGACAAUGAAAUAAAAAAUGUACAAAAUAAAAAUAGUACAUCAUUACCACGAACACAAGGACGAUCAGCAUAUGGAAUUAAUGACCAAUCAGUUACUGAAUUUUUUAAAAAAAUUGAAAAGGAUUACCCUAAUGUUAAUAAAUUUUUAAUUGAUAGAUCAAAACAUAAUGGUUGUGAUAAAAAUGUCGAAAAAAUCGAUUUUAUUGACGAAACAAAUACGUUUAAUUCAAAACAUAAACAUUGUAGAGGAUGUAAUGAGCAAGAACAUCUAAAUAUAUUAACGAGGGGAAACAUGCUUGAAGAUGGGAUGCCUGGAUUGCUCCCUGGGUAUCCGGCAUCACCGACUCCUGAACAAGGUGGUAACCGUGUUAGUGGUGGAACCAAAAGUGGCGACACCCAGACACAUGACAAGACGUCUGUUACCACCACAACACAUGUUAGUAGUAUAAAGAGCGAAUGUGAUGAUGCAUAUAGUGGAACGUGGAAUGUUUGGGAUUGUGAACAAAAAGAUAAAUAUAAGAAACACUCGGUAUGCAAACUACAAACUAGUACUACAUCGGGUGAAAAAAACAACGAUGACGAUUUUGAAUCAUUAUUCAAUAAAUGGGUAGAUCUAUUUUUAAAGGAGCAUACAAAUUUUAAAUCUAAAAUAAAAGACUGUAAAGAAAAUUCAAUAACAAAGGAAAAUAAGUGCCCUAGUCAUGAUUGUCCAUUAAAAUGCUAUUGUUACAAUAAAUGGUUAAAUAGAAGGAAAAAGGAAUGGGAAAUGCAAAAAAAAUAUUAUGACGAUUAUAAUAACAGAACUUUUAAAAAUGUGGGUUUAGAUUAUUUAUAUAAACUUGAUGUUUAUCUGAUGUUUAGAUUUGAAAAUGAACUUCGCGACGCUUUAGGUCGAGGAACCAGUUUAAAUGAACUGCAAGAAAUGUUAGAAAACUCCGAUGCUGUAACCCAAAUAUUACUUAAUUCCGAAAACUUAAUUGAUGAAUGUGUGGGUAUAUGUCCCAAAGCACUCACAUGUAAUGAAAAAGGGUUCAAGAACGAGUGGGAUUGUGACAAAUCUAUAACAACUGCAAAUGGUGGUGGUAGUUCUACCGAGACGGAAAUAUGUUUAAAAAUAGGUGAUAACAAAUAUGGACAAGCAAAUAUGGAUAUGGUGAAAGAUGUUUAUAAAUUUUAUGAUUCCUUCGAGGAAUGGAUCGACUAUAUGGAAAAAUCAAUAAAUGACAAAAUGAAAAUACUCAAACAAACGUGUCAUAACAUAAAUACGUCACGACGUGGUAGUGAUAAUACAAUGGAUUGUGAAAUGUGCACUGAAGACUGCGGAUGUUACGAAAAGUGGAAAAAAAGAAUUGAUGAACAAUGGAAAAAACUUCAAGAAUACUACGAAGGAUACAAAAAUAAUAGUAAUAGUGGUAUUACUAGUGGUAAUCCUAUGAAGGAUAUUGAAUUGAAUGUUUUUUUGGAAGCAUUAUGUGAAACGAAAUAUAGUGAUACCAGUGGUAGUGGUGAAGAAAUAUGUAAAAAACUCAAAGGUGACAAAAAAAAUUUUGUGCAAGGAUUAUUAGAUAAAAACAAGGAUAAAAAAAAUUCUGUCUGUGAAGUAUGUGAUACAAAACAUAUACAAGAGGAAACGAUUGACCCACAUAAAUGUAGUAAAAUUAGUUAUCUUUAUAAAACUAAAUGUGAUUCCAAACCAAUUUAUGGAUUAAAAAGUAAUGGUAUAGAGGAAAAAACAUGGAUUUGUGACGUAAAUGUGGAUAAAAAUGCUUGUGUUCCUCCCAGAGGACAAAGCAUAUGUAUAGCAAGCAUGGUACAUGGAAAGGGACAAAUUGUGAAAAAUGAAUUUUCAAGUCAAGAGCAUUUGAAAAACAAACUAAAAUCUGCAAUAAAAAGAGAAACACAACGAUUACACGAAAUUUAUACCAAAAAUGAGAAUGGUAUUCGUAGUGAAUCUACACCUUCCAUUACAGGAGAAAUGCCUCUAGGGUUUUGUGAUGCUGUGCAUCGUAGUUUUAAUGAUUACAAACAUAUGGUUUUAGGUGACAGUUUGUGGAAAUUUAUAAAUAUUAAAAAUUUACAAGAAAAAAUAGGUACACUUAUAUCAAAAAGUGGUACCCAUGCUACUACUGAGGAACGACGAGCCUGGUGGAAAAGUAACGAAAAAGAGUUAUGGAAUGCAGCAAAAUGUGGGAUCAAAGACGCAAAUAAUGAUUUGAAUGGAAAUGAAUGUCCCCGAUUGAUUAAUGAUGACGACCAGUUAGAGUGGUGGGCAAAGGAAUGGUCCGAAGAUUUUUACAAGAAACGAAACAUAUUGGUAAAAGAGGUGGAGGAGAAAUGUGGUAAUGGUAGUAAUGGAUGUAGUACCACUAAGACGACACCUGAUGUACAAUGCAAAAGCGAAUGCGAUAAGUACAAACGUUUUCUAACACUUAAACGCGACCAAUGGACAAACAAUUUCAAAAAAUUUUUAGAUGAUCAACAAGAAAAACAAAAAACAAAACAAAAUAAAAAUAGUUAUGACGAAGAAAAAACGUAUAUGCCACAAAACCAUUACUUAUUAUAUCCUUGUACAUAUCAAAGUUGUGACGGCACACAUAUAAAAGAUUUGUUAGGUAAAAACGAACAUGGACAAUACGAAAAAGAAUGUACGUGUGGUACGUCACAAACAAGUGGAAAAACUGUAGAAACAAAACACUGUGACAAUAGUUAUGAAUACCAUGCAUGUAAUGACAAAAAAUUUAGUAACAAUAUAUGGAGUAGCAUAUAUGUGAAAAAUCCUAAAGAUCGAGGUAAAGUCUACGCCCCACCAAGACGGAACAGUAUCUGUAUCGGUUGGUUGUUCUCGCCAAUAGAAAUAAAUGCUAACCAAGGUGGUAAUGCAAAAGAGGAAUUGAAAAAAAAAGUUAUUGAUGCGGCAAGAGGUGAAGCCCACUAUUUGUGGAAAUAUUACAACAAAAAAAAUAGUGGUACUAGUGGUACUGAACCUCCACACGGAUAUUGCGAUGCACUGAAACGUUCGUUCGCCGAUAUUGGCGAUAUGGUUAAAGGGACAGAUCUGUGGAUGGCGGGGUAUUCUCCGCUCGUCGAACAAAAUAUUCAAUCAGUAUUUCAAUUAGAUAAUGAUGGCACAGGUAGUAAAUUAAUUAAAACAAAAGAAGAAUUACUAGAAGAACGUAAAAAAUGGUGGGAAAAAAUACGUACAGAGGUAUGGAAUGCAAUGAAUUGCGACAACAACAAAUGUGGUGAUACCACUAUACCUAGUGAUGAUAAGAAACCCCAAUUUUUGCGUUGGUUAGAAGAAUGGGGAGAAUAUAUAUGCGAAGAGAAAAAAAAACAUAUGAAGGAGUUAAAAAAAAAGUGUAAUGAUGGUAACAACAGCGUAGAAAAUGAUAAAACAUGUGACAGGGGAAAUGAAGCAUGCAAAAAACAAUGUAAUAAAUAUAAUAGAUGGAUAAAUACUCAUAAAAAUGAAUGGUUAGGCCAAAAAUCCAAAUAUGAAGAAAUUGUAUCUGAUAAAUUCGAUGACAAAUAUGAUGAGUUUAAAAGACAUAUAAAAGAUCAUGUAGAUGCAAAUACAUAUAUAAAAGAAAACUGUGAUAAAUACAAAAGUGGCACCACCAACGUAAAUAUGGACGCCAUUUUCAACAAAACCGAUGACGAUUAUAAAGAAUACGAACCCUUCUGCACAACAUGUCGAAUCAACGAUAUAGCUGAAAGGGCAAAAGAGAGUAAACGUGUUAAUCCGUGUGGAGAUAAACGUGCUGUUAAACCUACUAAAAAUGUGAAAGAAGUCGCCGAAGAGAUGCAAGGAAAGGCAAAGACACUAAUGGAAACAAAUAGUGUAAAAAUUAGUACUCCUAAAAAUGUCUUAAAAGGUGAUAUAUCCAAAGCGGAAUUUAAAGGUGGUAAUGCAAGUAAUCUGAAUAAUGGAGAAUUUUGCAAGCUUGAUAAAAAGAAACAUACAAAUGAUAAACGUGGUGAAACGCAAAGACCUGAUGGUCCUUGUCAAGGAAAAGGUGGACGUCUAAAAGACAGAUUUAAAAUAGGAAAGGAAUGGGUACCGAAGGACGGCGAAGUAAAAGUUGGACACGAAGGUGUCCUAUUACCUCCAAGAAGAUUAGAUAUGUGUACUUCAAAUUUAGAGAAUUUGUAUACGGAGUACAAAGGACUAAACGAUGGCAAUAAAGCUAUCCACUCGUUAUUGGGAGAUGUAUUACUCGCAGCAAAAAUGGAAGGAGAGUUCAUAAAAAACAAUUAUAACGGCCAAAAUGGUCAAAAUGAUAAGGAAGGUAUAUGUCGUGCUAUGAAAUACAGUUUUGCCGAUAUAGGAGAUAUUAUGCGAGGUAGAGAUCUCUGGAAUAGAGAAUAUGGUAAUAAAAAUCUACAGGGACAUUUGGAAAAAAUAUUUGGGAAUAUUAACAAAAAUCUUCUUACCACUGGAAUCAAUAUAUAUAAUGAUGCUGAGGGUAAAUAUUUAAAGUUACGUAAUGAUUGGUGGGAAGCAAAUCGUGACCAAGUAUGGGAAGCUAUGAAAUGUGCAAAAAUCAACGGUGGUACUCCUCCAUGUCGUGGCGAUCAUAUGCCACCAUUUGACGACUAUAUCCCGCAACGGUUACGCUGGAUGACGGAAUGGGCCGAGUGGUAUUGCAAGAUACAGUCACAGGUAUAUGGGGAGGUGAUGAAGGGGUGUGGGAGUUGUAAGAAUAACACUAAGACUGGUGAAAAAUGUUCACAAGAUGGUGAUUGUAAAAAAUGUAAAGAUGUCUGUGGAAAAUAUCAAACAUUUAUUACAAAAUGGAGACCUCAAUGGGAAAAAAUGAAACAAAAAUACGAGGAAUUAUACAAAGAAGCAGAAAGUGGAAAAACUACUUCUACAGACAAAGAUGUCGUUGACUUCUUGACACAAUUACACCAAGCAAAUAACGGUAAGAGUACAACAUAUGAGAAUGCAGCAGGAUAUGUACAUGAAGAACUUAAAAAUAUGGAGUGUCAUACACAGAAAUAUUUUUGUGACAAACCUAUUCUUGAUGGCAAAUCUAGUAGUGACAACAAGGAGUAUGCCUUUAAGGAUAAACCACAUGACCAUGACGCGGCAUGUAGUUGUAACAACGACAAUGCUGCACAGAAACCUGAUUCUUUAAAACCACAAGCUGCCAAACCUGCAGCAACCAAACCGGACGUUCCACGCACACAAGAAGCAAAACCGGCGUCAACGCAAUCAACUAGCGGUGGUGCUUCCGGACAUGGUAGUGUCGCACGUGGUGGGGAUAGUAAUAGUCAGGUUAUAACCAUUAGUGAAACUACAAGAGAUGGACAAGGAAAAAUUGAAAUUACUACUACACAGGCUAACCCGGAUCCUUCAUCUGAACCUGGAGGAGGCAUCGGUAGCAGUACACAACCUGGUGGUCAAACGUCUAAUGUAGAUCCUAGAAGUACCAAAUCACAAACUCCAUCACAAAAAGAUGAGACAUCAAAGGACGUGUGCGAGAUAGUGAAGGAUGUUCUUUCGAUACCACGGAAUAUUACAACGGGAGGAAUAGAAAAUUGUAACCCUAAAACGGAACCAUUUAAUUGGGAUUGUGAUCCAGAAAGUAUGAAUGAUGAAAAUAAAGGGGCGUGUAUGCCUCCUAGAAGACAAAAAUUAUGUAUACAUAAUUUAACACAAUUGAAAACCAGUUCAUCGAAAGAAGAUUUGAGAGAAUCUUUCAUCAAAUGUGCAGCACUAGAAACACAUUUUUUGUGGAAUAAAUAUAAAGGAGAAAAUUUUCAAGAAAUUUCUCAGUUACAAGCAGGAACAAUUCCUGAUAAAUUUAAAAGCCAAAUGUUCUAUACAUAUAGUGACUAUAGAGAUUUGUGUUUAGGAAAAGAUAUAGGUAAACUUAAUGGUGAUGUGGAGAAGGCAAGAACAAAAAUAAAUAAUAUUCUUAAACCAAAUAGCCAACCUAGUAGCCAAUCAGCUGAAGACUGGUGGGAAAUAAACGGUCCAGAUAUCUGGAAAGGGAUGGUUUGUGCUUUAUCACAUACUGGGGGUGACAAAGACAAACUCACCACAAACAACGACUACAACAAUGUCACAUUUUAUGGUAGUACCAUCACGUUAUCCCAGUUCGCCACUAGGCCGCAAUUUUUGAGAUGGUUCGUCGAGUGGUCAGACGAGUUUUGUCACGAGAGAAAGACACAAUUGAUGUUGUUGAAGGGGAAGUGUAGCGAUUAUGAGUGUAAUAAGGGGAGAAAUGAAGAUAAAAAAACAAAAUGUGAAGGUGCUUGUGAAAUAUAUCAAACAUUUAUAAACAAAUGGAAGAAGGAAUAUGAAACACAAAGCGAAAAAUAUAAAACAGAUAAAGAAGGAAAUGCGUUUGAGAAAACUACUGCUAAAGAUGAUGUAGAUAAGGCAAACCAUGCAUAUCAAUAUUUAAACACACAAUUAAAAAAACUUUGCCAAAAUGGACAGUGUAUGUGUAUGGAAAAAGUCUCUACAAAAACAAAAACAUCACAAACAAACUCAAUUGAUAAGGAUGUUAUGCCCAAAUCAUUGGAUUAUCCUCCUGAAGAAUUUAAAAAUAGUUGUGACUGUAAACCGCCAAAAGAGGAAGAACCUGAUUCGUCCCUAAACUGUGUAGAUAAAAGUGCCUUUGUUUUAAAAAACGUGUCGCAGGAAGGUAUAAAGGAUGUUGAAAAAACGUUAAAGGGUAAGAAUACAAAAGAUGUAUACGAACUAAAACAAAAAGAUACAGAUUAUGGACCAAUCUGUAAAAUUAAGGAAAAUAAUGGACAAAUUGAUAUUUGUAAAUAUAAUGGAAAUCCUUUUGAUGAUAUAGACAAAUGGGAAUGUAAAAAUCGAACAAUCAAAGUCGUAAACGAAAAUAUAUGUUUUCCUCCAAGAAGAAAACAUAUGUGCACAGAACCACUAGAAAAUUUAGAGUCAACAUCAAUUACCACUGCAGAAGAAUUGUUCAUAAAAGUCUUGCGUACUGCAGCAAAUGAAGGAAAACAUUUAAAAGAACAAUGGGAAAAAACGAAAAAUAAUCCAAAAACAUCAGAUGGAACAACAAGACCAAGUAUUAAACGUUACGAAUUAUGUGAUGCUAUGAAAUAUAGUUUUGCCGAUUUAGGAGAUAUUAUAAGAGGAAGAGAUAACUAUAAAGGUAUUAAUGGUACUAAUGGACUUGAAACAAAAUUAAAUGGGGUUUUUGAAAAAAUAAGAACACAAUGGGAAAAUGAGAAUGGAGGAAAACAUAAAGAUAAAUAUAAGAAUGUAACAUCAUUUCGAUCUGCUUGGUGGGAUACAAAUAGAGUAUCCAUUUGGAAAGCUAUGACUUGUUCUGCACCAGACAAUUUCCUUAUUUUAAAGAGCGGAAAAGGUGGUGGAAGUGAUAUCGAAUUUUUAACUUCUUCAGAACAUACAAAUUGUGGACAUAAACAUUUUCCACCAAAUGAUGAUUAUAUCCCUCAACCUUUUAGAUGGAUAAGUGAAUGGAGCGAGAACUACUGUCUUUCCCAAAAUCAUAAAUUGUCUAUAUUUAAAGAUUGUGAUAAUUGUACAAUAAACAAUGGUAAAUGUCAACAGAAAGUCCGUGAAUCGUGUAAGAAAUGUAAAAAUACAUGUGAAGAAUAUAACAAAUUUGUAGAAAAUUGGAAAACACAAUAUGAACUACUCGAAGAAGCAUAUGAAAACAUCUAUAAUAAAGGAAUAGAAAAUAUAUCGAAAGCUUCUGCUGGAAUGAAUGCCAAUGAUUCUCAUAUUAAGAAUUUCGUAGAAGAACUAGAAACAAAUUGUAAAACCUAUAAACAAAAUUCUAGUGCUGCUAUUGAUACUGCUAAUAGUGUAGAUAAAUAUUUGGAUAAAGGAAAUUAUUGUAAAAAAUUCAAAUUUUCUACCACUUCUAAUCAAGAUGCUGAUUACGCUUUUGAAACACCUGCAUAUAUUUAUAAAGAAAAUUGUGAGUGUGCUACCAAGUUUCAAGAAGUUGAUCAAUGUCCUGUUGAGAAGGAACAUUGUGCAUUAUAUGGUAUAUAUUCUUGUAGAAAAAAACCUUCUAAUAAAAAUCCUAUUGAAUGGAAUAAUUACCUUGUGAAUUACAAUUCAAAUAAGAAUAAAGCUGUAAUGGUACCUCCUAGAAGAAGGGAAUUAUGCCUUGCUAAUUUGAGAAAUUUAUAUCGUGCUCGAAUUAAUAAUACAAAUGAUUUUAUGGAAUAUAUACUACAUACUGCCUAUAGUGAAGCAAAUUAUUUAUGGAAUAUUCAUAAAAAUGAUGAACAAAAAGCACUUGAAGCUAUGAAAUAUAGUUUUGCUGAUAUAGGAAAUAUUGUUAAAGGUAACGAUAUGUUGGGCGAUGGAGUAUCAGAAAGAAUAGAAUAUAUUUUUGAUGAAAAAAUUAACAAAAAAAACUAUUCAUUAUCAUCAAACCCAAAAAUUACACGUAUAGAUUGGUGGGAAAAAAAUAAAGAAAAAAUCUGGAACGUUAUGAUGUGCAAUUAUCAUGGAAACGAUAAAACACUAAUUAGUUGUCCAUCACAUGGAAAUAUUGAUAGAGAAAAUCAGUUUUUGAGAUGGAUGACUGAAUGGGCAAAAUAUUUUUGCAAAGAAAAAAUAGAACAAUUAAAGGAUUUAAUUCAGAGAUGUCAGAAGGACGCCGAAUCCACUACCUAUAAUAGUAUAUAUGAAAUAGAACAGGGCCCAUGUAAAGAAUUAUUAAAGAAAUAUAACUAUUGGUUCCAUAAUAAAGACAUUGAAUGGAAAGACUUAUCUGAAAAAUAUACAAAAUAUUAUAAAUCACAGUUUAAGUCAUCUUUUAUGUCAUCAACUGCGGAUGAGUACCUAAAAGAAAAAUGUCCUGAUUGCAACUGUAACUUUAAAGAUAUAAUAGAAUUAUAUAAAAAAAAUGAAAAAGGAGACGGUAUAAUAGAUAGCAUAAUAGAAAAAAAGGAAAAUACUCCACGCAAACGUAUUACAGAUGAAGAUGAUACCCAAGCAGUUAUUCCAACACCAAACCCCCCUGCACAAGAUACAAGCAUUUCAAAAAAUGACGUCACAGAACCUCCAACACCCAUAGAACCUCCCAAGAAUGAUUCUUCACAUUAUAUUCUUGCCACCACCAUCCCUUUUGGAGUGGCUGUCGCGCUAACUUCCAUAGCGUUCCUUUUCCUGAAGAAAAAACCCAAAAUUCCAACUACUAAACUUUUUCGUGUCAUUGAUAUACCACAAAAUGAUUAUGGCAUCCCUAAUAAAACAUCUACCAAUAGAUAUGUGCCUUACAGAAGUGCUCAAUAUAAAGGAAAAACAUAUAUAUAUGUUGAAGGAGAAGAAACGGACGAUUAUAGUUAUCUUCGUGAUAUAUGUUCUUCUGAUAUUACUUCUUCGUCCGAAAGUGAAUAUGAAGAUAUGGAUAUUAACGAUAUAUAUCCCUAUAAAUCGCCAAAAUAUAAAACUUUGAUUGAAGUGGUAUUAAAACCAAGUAGCAAAACAUAUGAUGAUACAUCUAUGUAUCAAAAGGAUGACACCAACAAACUUACGGAUAAUGAAUGGUAUCAACUGAAACAGGAUUUUAUAUCUCAAUAUUUACAAAACAUACAAAAGGAUUUAGCUAAUGAAAAUUUUGUUGAUGAUAAUAUACAUAAGGAUAUACAACCUAAUAUUUUAGAUGUUAGUAAUGAUGAAAAACCAUUUAUUACAUCUAUUCAAGAUAGAUUUCUUGGUAGUUCUGGUCAAGAGGUUAGUUAUAAUAUUAACUGGAAUAUACCAAAACAAAACGAAAUAACCAAUAAUACUUUGGAUGAUCCAAAAUACGUUUCAAGUAAUUUAUAUUCUGGUAUAGAUUUAAUCGAUGAUUCCCUAUGUGGUAAUCAAAAUGUUGUUGAUAUAUAUGAUGAGUUGAUCAAAAGGAAAGAAAAUGAAUUAUUUGGUACUAAAUAUACGAAAAAUACAACUUUUAAUCGUGUUUCCAAAGAAACACAUAGUGAUCCUAUACUCAACCAAAUAGAUUUGUUCCAUAAAUGGUUAGAUAGACAUAGAGAUAUGUGCAACCAAUGGAAUAAUAAGGAGGAAAUGCUGAACAAAUUGAAUGAAGAAUGGGAAAAAGAGAACAAUAUAAAUUACCAUAUCAUAAAUAAUACCUCUAAUGAUAUUAUCAAUAAUAUUAAUAAUAAAUCCAAGUUGUCAAAUGCAAACGUUUUUAUGGAAAUACAUAUGGACCAGUUUAAUGUUACUAACACAGAUGUUCUUAAUGCGAAUAUAUCCUGA